AUGUUUACCUGGGCGAAUCUCCGUCAAAUGGCGCCCUUUUUCUCGCAGAGUCGCACUCUGCCUGAUCUCCUCACCGUUGACGCCAAGACUCUCGCAUCCGGAUUGACGAAUGGGCAUUUCACGAGUGUUGACUUGGUGGAGAAGAGUCUUGAGAUGAUUCAGAAGCAUGACAAGUACCUUCAUGCGAUGUUGAGCAUGGUUUCGAGGGAUCAAUUACGACAAAGAGCGGAGGUGCUUGAUAAAGAGCGAAAGGAGGGCAAGAUUCGGGGGCGUUUGCAUGGGAUCCCGAUUGUGAUCAAGGACAACAUCGCGACGGUUCCUGAGCUGGGAAUGGAAACGACUUGUGGAUCUUGGGCUCUGCAUGGCAUGACGCCGACCUCGAAUGCCGAUCUCGUUGACAAGCUGAUCCAAGCCGGACUCAUCAUCAUCGGCAAAGCGAAUCUGAGUGAAUGGGCAUACUACCGAAGCAACGCCCUGCCAAGUGGUUGGUCCGGCAAAGGUGGUCAAUGUCAAUCCGCCUACGUUCGCGGUGGUAUCGAUCCUGAGGACAGCAACAACGGUCACAGCAACCCCUCCGGCUCAUCAACGGGUUCAGCAGUCGCAGUGUCCGCAGGUUACGCUCCCCUCUCCAUCGGCACCGAAACAGACGGAUCCCUUGUAUCUCCAGCAUCCCGAGCAGCUUUGUACACGAUCAAACCGUCAAUCGGGCGAGUUUCCCAGUCUGGAAUCAUUCCAAUCAGUCAUACGAUGGACUCUGCUGGACCCAUGGCCAAAACACCACACGAUCUCGCCGCUUUACUCGAUGUGAUCUCAGGGACUGAGGAGUUUGCGACUCUGGGAGGAUCUUGGGAUGAUUUGUCAAUUGCGACUGUUGAUUUCAAGAAAUGGUGGCCAGGGGAGGAUUAUCUUAAACCUGUUGAGAGUGCGACAAAGCAGAUGCACGCCGAGAUUCAAGCUGCGUACGACAAGAUGGAGGGACUUGCCAAGAAGUAUGUUGGGGACGUUCCUCUUUCACUCCCUUCCGAGUCUUUCAUGCUCGACGGGAAGGACAGUGAGGGAGUCAUCAUGAUGGCCGAUUUCAAGCACGAUCUGAACAAAUAUCUCGAGUCGGCGGAAAACUCCAAGAUCCAUUCUCUCAAAGAUCUUAUUCAGUUCAACAAGGCGCAUGGCGAUCUCGAAAUGCCUCCUGGCUACGAUGACCAGGGACUCUUGAUCGACGCCGAAGAAUUGGAUCUGUCGUCCGAAGACUACGAAAAGAACCUGUCUCACCUGCGAAAGGUUACGCGCGACAAUGGACUAGAUUACAUCUUCAAGGAAUACGGUGUUGAUGUGAUUGUCGGAUCAAGCGACACAGCUAUCAAGGCAUUUGCAAGUGGAAGCGGAUACCCCGUUGGAAAUGUUCCACUCGGAUACCUGGACUUCAACGGAAGACCUUUUGGACUCGCCGUUCUCGCAGCAAAGAACCAAGAAGCCAAGAUAUUGAAGUUCAUGAACGCAUGGGAGGGUACUUUCGGUCCGAGAAAAGCUCCGCCGAUGCUUCAGUGA